CUGUGGAGUAGCAGGAUGUCUGGCAGAGGCAAAGGCGGAAAGGGGCUCGGCAAGGGGGGCGCUAAGCGCCACCGCAAGGUGCUGCGCGACAACAUCCAGGGCAUCACCAAGCCGGCUAUCCGCCGCCUGGCUCGCCGCGGCGGUGUCAAGCGCAUCUCGGGGCUCAUCUACGAGGAGACGCGCGGCGUGCUCAAGGUCUUCCUGGAGAACGUGAUUCGUGACGCCGUCACCUACACCGAGCACGCCAAGAGGAAGACGGUUACUGCCAUGGACGUGGUGUACGCCCUCAAGCGCCAAGGUCGCACCCUCUACGGCUUCGGUGGUUAA